AUGACCGCUGUGCCAGACAGCGAACGGAUAGCUGUGCCUCCACGAAAACGACGGCGCUCUCACGUCUAUGGGGUAUCCUCUGAGGAGAAGAGAUCCCAAACCCUCCGUCUUUUCGCGCCAUUCAGGGCGCUCGGCCUUGUAACAAAUCAUGUUCCAUUCGUCUUGCAAACUCGUUCUUUCAAAGGCGCGACUGAGGGCCCCAGGACACACAUUCUGACAUGCCUCGGAAGGUCAUGGGCACUCUGGGAAGGCGGGAAGAUGGGAUUGCUGUUUGUCGGACCUGAGGCACCGCACGCAAUAUCCAGUUUAUCAAUGGAUGGGGAUGUCGUAUGGGCAGCUUCUGGCCCAUUGGUGAUCAAGUACCUGCGAGGGAAGGAGAUCAUCCGACUCGAGAAUCCCCUGGGCUCACAUCUAUCUUCCCUGGCAAUAUUUGGGUCGCAGCUUAUGGCCUUGACCCAAGACGGAAAAAGACUGCUUGUAUGGGAUAAGGAGAGUGGAAGCCUGGAUUCUACCGUUGAAUUUGAACCCGGUUUUACCGCAACGUCGCUCUUACACCCGGCUACCUACAUCAAUAAAGUACUGGUUGGGAGUAUGGAGGGUAGUCUUCAACUAUGGAAUAUUCGUACCCAGGCCUGUAUUCACAAAUAUUCUUCAUCGUCCCUCCUUGUUUCCCCUUCGGCUGCCGCUGCUGAUGGUUCAUCGUAUGCAAUAACGGCCCUGACUCAGUCUCCGGCUAUCGAUGUAGUUGGCAUCGGCUUCGCUACGGGCGAGAUAUCGGUUUACGACGUGCGUGCUGACGAGCGCUUAAUGAGAAUGUUUAUGGAAGGUGGAAAUAUCAGAGCCCUUGGAUUCCGAAGCGAUGGGCAUCCCAUCCUAGCAACAGCGUCGUCAAUUGGACACAUCGCCCUGUGGGAUUUGAAUGCCGGAGGGCAGCUCUUGCAUAUCGUCCGCGGAGCGCAUGAUGGACCUGUUGUUGCUGUUGAAUGGGUCCCCGGCCAGCCGGUCAUGAUCAGUUCCGGAGAAGACAACAGCGUCAAAUACUGGCUAUUUGAUUCCCCCACUGCACCUCCGCGACUGUUGAAAUACCGCUCAGGUCAUCACGCUCCUCCACAUCUAAUUAGAUAUUACGGCGAGGACGGCAAGCAGCUCCUUUCAGCGUCCCGAGACAGGAGUCUCAGGUGUACAUCCAUCGUGCGAGACUCGAGAUCGUUCGAGAUGUCACAGGGUUCUCUUGCGAAGAAGGCGUCUACAUUAUCGAUCCCUUUGACUUCGCUCAAGUUUCCCCCAAUCGUUGCACUCUCGUACUCCACUACAAGAUCUAAGGAUUGGGACGACGUGUUGACCGCACAUACCGACGAGAGUUGUGCUAGAACUUGGUCGACCUUGAACAAGAGAUUAGGUAAACAUACAUUCACCUUCACCGAGUCCGCAAAGGGAAAGGCUCGAGCGGUUUGUGUGACAGCAUGCGGCAAUUUCGGCGUAGCUGGGACCUCGACGGGUGCUAUCUACACUUGGAACAUGCAAUCCGGGAUGAGAAGGAAGAACUAUGACCUUGGUCCUUGCCCUCCGCAGGUGACGAGUCGCUUCCGGGCAUCCUCCAAGAAAGAAGGACGAUGCGUCACUGGGAUAGCAACUGAUGCCCUGAAUCGGGUCGUCAUAGUUAGCACUCUGGACGGCACGAUAAAUUUCUUCGACUUCCACACUACAAAACUAGAACAUAGUCUUGUUCUGCCGUCUUCCGCCGUGACAAUCACGCUACAGCGUGACACGGGACUAUUGGCAAUUGUAUCUGACGACCUUGUCGUUCGCAUUGUCGACAUAGAGACACGACGAAUUGUACGGGAGCUAGGUGGUUUCAAAGGUCGCGUGCUUGAUAUCGCAUUUUCCCCAGACAGUCGCUGGCUUAUUGUCUCAUCUUUGGACCGCGUGGUCCGAACAUUUGAUCUACCUACUGGUCAUUUGAUUGAUGCAUUUCGCACGUCAAGUGCCGCCACCAGCAUAUCAUUCUCCCCUACGGGCGAUUUUUUAGCCACAGCGCAUGUUGACAGUGUAGGAGUCUACCUAUGGGCUAAUCGCGCCCAAUACGCCGAAGUAUCGUUCCAGAGCAUUGAUGACGAAGAUCUGACUGAGGUCGGUCUGCCGUCAAUGCAUGGCAUGGACGAAGAGGAGGAAGCUGUGGAAGGCUUGGCGCUCUCUGCUUUGCAUGACACCCCGAAGGACGCCUUUGUUGCCGCUCCUCAACUAGAGGGUGACUUGGUGACACUCACACUACUUCCAAGGUCCCGUUGGCAGACGCUGCUCAACCUGGAAGUUAUCCAACAACGCAACAAACCCAAGGAACCACCGAAGCAGCCUGAAAAGGCACCGUUCUUUCUACCGACGUUGCCAGGCCUGGAACCGAGGUUUGCUGUCGAGCAGAAAGCUAAGGAAGAAAAAGCUAAGCAAGAUACCAAACGGCUUCAGAAGGCUGCAGCCGAGUCAGACAGUACAUUCCAGAAAAGGCUUGAAGCAGAGUCUGUGGACGGCGAUUUCGAGGCAUUCUUCAAUUAUGCGAAAUCCCUAUCACCCGCUGCCUUGGACCUCGAACUACGUUCACUUGUGGCAUUAGAUUCUGUGCAAUUAUUCCUCAGAGCAAUGACGCAGCGCUUGCGGUCGCGACGGGACUUCGAGGCCGUGGAAACUAUGCUAGCGGUUUUCCUCCGCAUGCAUGGCGACAUACUCAUCGCCAAUGCGGAGGUUCGCGAUGACCUCCAACUGCUGCUGGACGCGCAGCGCCGGGAGAGCGACAGAAUCAUGGAACUGAUUGCGUCGUCACUAGGCACCUUAGGGUUCAUCAGGGACACGUUGUAA